AUGACUGUUGUUGGAGAAGAAGCCAAGGAGUGGACGAGGGUAGAUGCUCCUCUAGACGAGCGCUUAAUUAUAGGAUUGCUUUAUUUGUGUUCUGCUUUGUUUUUUCUGGUUCUUCAAUUCUCUGUGAUUUUUAUCAUUAUAACCUAUAAAGACUUUCGUGGCCACCUCUGCUACAGAAUUAUGCUUUUUAUUUCGAUUGCUGAUUCAAUUCAACUUGUGGUUCAUUCAUAUGGUGGAAUUAUUUGUAUACUGAACAAUUCAUUGAGUUUCUUUGUGGAAAAGGCAGCAGGUGGCCUAGCCAACUCCAUUCUAAUGGCAACAAUGCCCAUUUGCCUUGUUCUAUCAUUAAAUCGACUGCUAGUCUUCCUUCCUUCCAAACUUGAUGAAACAAGGGAAGAACGCUUAUUCAACUGGCUAAUCGCUUUGUCUCUGCUUCACGGCCUUCCCUUCUUUAUUAUUUACUUAACACCUCAUUCUACAAUCGCUUUUCGUUACUAUACCUGGGAUUAUGUCACAAUUUAUAAUAAUUCGACUUGGACUUGGGUUGGAACAUCUACAGCAAUAUUACCUUUACCUUAUAUAACGCUAACUUUUUUGGUGUAUUUGGCUAUUUUUGGUGUUCUUAUUUUACAACGACGAAAAAUAACUACGACAAAACCCAAGGUCACACCAACAGUAUGUCCAACACGAACCACAACCAUGUACCAACACAACACAAAUCUUAUUAGAAAUCAAAAGAAUGAACAAAUUCCAGCAAAUGUUAUUCCAAUAGAGUGGAGUACCUAUAAACCUCCACAGCCUCCCACAACAAAAAACAUCUCCCCCUCAACUCAAAAUCCAAUACAACAUUUAAUUCAACACGAAAGGCGCUUACUCUUCCAAGCGCUAGUUCAAUUUGGUGUUGAAUUCUCUCUUUGUUUAAUUUGGUUUUAUCAAAUGAUUGGUGCGCCGUUACCCGAAGGAGUGGCUUUUAAUGCUUUUAUUAAUUGGUAUUGGAUAUUCUACAAUGGAUUUAGGCCUCUUGUCUAUUUGGCGAUGAACAAAACUGUUCGGAAGCGCCUUCUAGCCCUCUGGCUGAAUCAACCUCAAGCGACUUUGGUGGACUUUGGCAAGCUUCAAAGAGGAGCAGCACCUCAGGGUAUACGUGCUACACCAAGACUUUUUUCUCAAAAUAAACAAACACAAAAUUAUGCUAGUGGGAGAAUGAGUUAG